AUGAAAAAGUUGGACGGUCAUCAUAAGGAAUGGUGUGAACAUAUUCCAAACGUGCUAUGGUCAUAUAGAACCACCAGGAGGGAUGCAACGGGGAUGUCACCCUUUUGUUUGACAUAUGGAGUUGAGGCAGUGCUACCUGUUGAAAUCAUCCUUCCGACCACGAGAAGACAAGCAUGGGAGAAAGGGCUAAACUCGGAUUUAAUUCUAGCGAAAUUAGACGACCUUGAGGAAAGCAAGGAAUUCACAUUACAACAUAUGGUAAAUUAUCAUCAGAGGUUAUCAAGGGAGUAUAACAAAAGGGUAAAACCCCGGAUCUUCAUACCUGGAGAUCUUGUGCUGCGAGAAAUACCCCCAUAUCAGAAGGGAUCAGGAGGAAAGCUAGAGCCUACGUGGGAAGGUCCUUAUAUCGUGAAAAGGGUAGUUGGCAAUGGGGCAUACGAGUUGGCGGACUGCGAAGGAAAAGACACAGAAGAAGAAGGGAACAUAAUAUACGGCGAGAUCGAGAGGCAAGACCGAAAAUUGGAUCACCCUUGGAAUCCAGUAUAUAUCAAGAAGUAUUAUCCGUGA